AUGGCAAAAAGGCGCAAGUCCCCGUCAAGGCCUCAGGCCAAGGACACGCAGCACACAGACAGCACAAGCCCGUGCAACGCUGGAAACAACCACAGACAAAGGCAACCAAGAGACCACCUGAUAUGGAAGGACAAUCAGAAGAAGCACAGCAGACUCUCACUAAUCAAUGGGGCAGAAAAAGACCCACUCCACGACUCGAGCUACAAGCCCCCCACACACCCAGCAGCCAAUGGGCUCGAACCAAGCAGCAGGGACGGCACGUCCCCCCCCCCCCUUGUGCUGGGCCUUAACCCCUCCACAGACAUUCCAUCCGGCAUCCCUCAGAGUGGCAUUGUCCCAUGCCACACUUACCGACCAUCACAGAACUGCGGGCCCAAUAUCGAGAACCCCGGAUCGAGAGGUCCCUCACACAACACUAGCAGUUAUACCCCAGCAGCCUCACACUGCGGGGCAUCAGCUAAACAACCCAUAGGGACACCCACAUCACGCAAAGGACACUUGCGGUACCCAAAAUAA